AUGGUGAACAUUGCUGCUUCGCCCCGCUGCGCUUGUCUUUUCUCUCUCUUCGUUUCCUUUUGCCCAUUCAACACCGGGGUCGUGACCGCGACACCUUCGUUAUUAUACACUUCUACCCCCCUACCCCCCUCUUCAGAUUAUAUCUAUUGUCCUUGCACGCAAUCAGAAAUCUUUUCUUUACAUUUUCUCUGGAUUACUUUCACUUUCUCCCUCGAUUCCUUUACUUUCUCUCUGGCUUACAUUCACUUUCUCCCUCGAUUCCUUUACUUUAUCCCUGGAUUACUUUCACUUUCUCUCUCGAUUCCUUUACCCUCUCUCUGGAUUCCUUUUAAUUUCUCCCUGGAUUCCUUUAUUUUCUCUCUGGAUUACUUUCACUUUCACCCUCGAUUCCUUUACAUUUUCUCUGGAUUACUUUCAUUUUCUCCCUCGAUUCCUUUACUUUUUCUCUUGAUUACUUUCACUUUCUCCCUCGAUUCCUAUACUUUCUCCCUGUAUUACUUUCACUUUCUCUCUCGAUUCCUUUUCUUUCUCUCUCGAUUCUUUUUGCUUUCUCUCUCGAUUGCUUUUGCUUUCUCUCUCGGUUCCUUUUACUUUCUCUAUCGAUUUCUUUUACUUUAUUCUCAAUAUUUCCCCCGCUGUAAUGAUUCACACUCUUUAAUUCACCCCACGCUCUUCUUUUUUUUUAUAAAUUCUUACCUUUUCUCCUGCAUAAUGUUCGUCUCUCUCUCUCUCUCUCUCUCUCUCUCUUUUUCAAUCUCUCUCAAUCUCUAUCUAUCUAUCUAUCUAUCUCUCACAUAUUUAUUUUAUGUAAUAACCAGUUUCUCUUCUCUAUACUCUCUUCAAAAGCCACCGAAAUAUAGUCGUUUUCUUUAUCGUCUUCUAUUUAUUUUAUUUUGA